CAUUAUUAUUAUUAUUAUUAUUAUUAUUAUUAUUAUUAUUAUUAUUAUUAUUAUUGUUAUUAUUGUUACUAUUAUUGUUAUUAUUAUUAUUAUUAUUAUUAUUAUUAUUAUUAUUAUUAUUAUUGUUAUUAUUAUUGUUGUUGUUGUUGUUAUUGUUGUUGUUGCUGUUAUCUGUUUAUUUACUUAUGUGUGUAUGUGUGUGUGUGUGUGUUUGUAAUCCUCUAGCGACUAAAACCGAUGGCAUACUUUACAUCAAUACGAGUAAAACAAAGCCGUAAACAGAUAAAUAGAACCCACACGCUGGACAGAACAAGAUACAGACAAGACCAGUGCUUCUCCUUGUACCUGCUCACCCUCCGCUACCUGUGUGCCGUCACCUUGUCUUCUUGUGUACUGAUGCAAUAAUUGCAAUGCACAGGCGUUAGAGUAUGUGCAAGUAAACACGGAAGUCGAGGUACUACAUUAUAGGUGCGCCAGUUAAUCUUGCCCGAGAUAAUAACAAUAACUAUCCAUUGAUGAGUGAAGUCGUGCUGGUAGGACGAGAGAAGUGACAUUAGCACUCGUGGCGACGUUCUUCUCAUCUCGCGUGCAUUAUUCUCCAAUAACAGUAAUUAUUUUGGUCACUAAUAAGGUAAUGUGGUAGGGAAACAAUCUUUAUAGUGGUGGGCUUUGAAAUGCUUAUUUUUUUUUACUUUCUCAUCCCCUAGGGCGUUCGUUGUGAAGUAUGGCAACGCGCACCGCUUCCCUCCCCCCCUCCCUCCGUAGCCCCGCCUUCCUGUUCUCCCGCCUGCCUUAGUCACUCCUUGACUAUCAAAGGAGUAGGGUACUUGCCGUUCCCGGUCCACGCGUUGCAUGUGGACACUUCGUUUCCCGUACUGACGACAAACCAAGGUGUGUCCAUAGCACCUGUUUGUUACGUGUUACCAGCGCUGCGUGUGAGUCUCCUGAGCACCAGUGGCGUGACUGUAGACUGUGGUGUGUGCGAUGCUGGGUAGAGGUGAUGACUUGUGAGAUGACUCGCUGCUGAGAACCGAGAAAAACGAGGACUGAAUUGAUUAUGUUUUGAAGUGUAAUAAAACUGUGUGUGUGUGUGUGUGUGUGUGUGUGUGUGUGUGUGUGUGUGUGUGUGUGUGUGUGUGUGUGUGUAACGCGAUACAGGCACAUGUACUUGUGCAGACAAGAAAAGUACUCUUUACGCGUGUGAACGGUCAUGUGUGCGCGCGCCCGUGUGCACGUGGAAACUCAAUCACUGUAAACUUAUCCUGUCUAAAAGCAAAACGAAAUACGAAUAAACAUCACCACUACCAUCUGCUCCUAAGUGUAUAUGUGUUUAUGUCCAUGUACGUGUCUGCAAUGAUGUGAGUGUAUACUGAGUGAAGAUACCUGAAACAGUGCUCACGAUGAGGCUAUGGACUGCCGUGGGCGUGGUGGUGGCCGUGGGGGUGGCGGCGGCGGGGUGGCGUGGUGGAGGCGUGGUGGUGGUGGAGGGGACCCGCGUGUGGGUGGAUGAGACAGGUGGCUACAGGCAGGUGGUGGCCGCCCUCCACCCUGCCCUCCGCCCACACAACUGUACAACGUUCUUCCACAACUUGAAGGUGUGUAUGGCAGGGUUGCUGGCAGGUGCUGGGGCGUGAAACCAAUGCAGGUGUGGUCAGGUGAGGUGCAGUGCUGUUGUGAGGUGUGAAGGUGUCCUUUGCGAGGUUCUCGGAGCAGCUGUGGCGCGCGACCCGGGGCAGCGUGCACCUGGGAAGCUUGCAGGUGGUGGUGCCCGCGCAGGUGUGGCGGGCGUGUGGCGCGCCGCCCCCAGACGCCCCAGCGGCCACCUGGCACUCUUGGAACGACGCGGAUCUCGCCAUCACUCCUGGAGGCGCAAGCGGCGGCGAAUGGGCAUGGGGACCCGAGGGCGGCGUUGGCGUGGGGGUGAGCCAGCCCGAGGGGUGUGGCAGGCCUGGUCACCGCAUCACACUGGACGCUGACCUGCUGCAGGAGCUGACCCAGGAUGACCUACCCACCCUCAGCCGCGCACUGGUCGGGGCGUGGGCAAGGUACCGAUGGGGCGUAUUUGAGGAACGCGGCUACCACGCCCACCCACGCUACCCCGCCAUCCACCGCAGGGACGACACCCCCACGCCCACGGCCUGCACCGACAACCCAGACGCGGGACGCUGGGUGGCCGCCUCAGGGUCAGACCAGUGUCAGGAGGGAGCCGAAGACCAGUGCUUGUGGAUGCCGGACGCCGCUGUCCCGCGUAACACCUCGCUCCUCUACCACUCCGACUUGCCGCAGGUGUGGCAGUUCUGUGACGCUGACACCCACGACAAGGACUCCCCGACGCCCCACAAUCUGCUGUGCGGCGCCAACAGUGUGUGGGACGUCAUGCGGCGACACCCAGACUUCACCCCCGACCACGCCACCUCCACCACACCCCCUACCACCCGCCCUCCUCCACCUCCUUCACCUCACACAGUCCCCGACUCCUCUGCCGCCUCCCUUUCACCUAUAUUUGAAGAGGGAAGCACCAUGGGAGGAGCGGCGAGCGAGGACACGACCACGGAGAGACAGAAACUUGCCACUGCAUCAUCUGAUCAACUCCACACGUCCGCCUCACCGCUCUCCGCUAUCCAGCGAUACCCGGCGGCUGCUAGCAGACUAAUAGGUGGCGGGGACCUCGGGGGAAGCUCCUGGGCGCCAGAUGACGGACGGGUGACACACAACGACAGGGGAGGAAGCGUGAGGCUAAGGAAGAAAAGGAGAAAUAUUUCUCCUCAGCUGGGUGUCAUCCCAAUGCGCCCCAGCCUCGUCACCGCUCAUAUUGCCGCAUCUUCCUCCGCAUCAUCACCGUCACCGUUAUCAUUACCCUUGCUAUCGUCAUCACCCUCCAUUCGCAGCCUCUCCACAUCCACUGAGGGAAUUCGCGCGGCUGAUCUGACACUCCAGCAUGAUCCUGCCACCCGCCAGAGGAACAAAAGCCACACGGAGAAUUAUAAAAGAGUUGAUGUGCAGCAGCAGCAACAACACCAGGAAGUGAAGGAGGACGAGAAAAGGAAGGUAGAAGAAGAGGGAAGAAGAAUAAACAACGAAGACAAAAUGAAUUGGGCGUACCUUGAUCUCACGACGACUACCACCAUGGCAUCUGUCUUCUCGCCACCCUCCUCUUUUCCUUCCUCGUCCUCGUCCUCAUAUCAGCCCCCUCCUCCAGAAGUAGAGUUCCUGACCCCUGCUCCGAGUGUCGUGGUGUUGGCCCUAGACCUUUCAGACCAAGCCAUAGCGCAGGUGGCAAUGGAGGAGGUGAGGGGUGGGGUGUUGCGUUGGUUGUGGGGGCUUGGCGAGGGCGUGAGAGUGGGGGUGGUGGCCGCUUACCGCAACUCCUCCUAUCCGCUGACCCUUGGCCCUCUCCUGCCCGCCCCCACCACGGCCGCCGAGCUGGAGGACGAGCUGGCGCUGCUCCCCUCCGGCGCCGAGGUGGAGAGCGGCGCCUACGGGGGCGUGUACUGCCUCGACUGUGUGUUGGACGAGGCGGUCAAGAUGCUUGAAGACAAUGGUGUGGUGGCAGGCAACGGUGUGCUGCUCCUGGCAGCAUGUAACCCUUUGGUGACCCCCAGCCACCUGUCCUACCCGAACAUAGCCACUGUGCACACCUUGGCACUGUGUUCCUCUACCACACCGCUUCUGGACCAGCUGGCCCACCCAGAAGGAGCCUGGGUACUGUCUGGGACAUCUCCAUCUGAGGAACAUCCUGGGGAAGAAAGUGGAGAGCAGCGCAUGGCAGAGGUGCUGACGGCAGCCACACAGGCAGCCCUCGCCUUUCCUGGAGACCCCAUAUUGACCAAGGUGGGUGGGGUGGUGGUGGCGGCGAGGCGCAGCAGUGUGGAAAGCAGUGGCCCUUACAGUACUGUGAGGGGUCAGGUGACCCUCCCCCAGACAAGUGACAGCCUCCUCAUUGUCAUCACCACGCAGCAUCAUGCCAAGAUUGUGGAGGUAACAAGUCCAUUAGGAAAGGAAGUGGACCUUGUCAGGGACAGCAACCAACGUUUCUGGGCUGUGAUGGAGCAGGGUGGUGGUCGCGGCAACUUUACCUAUGCCCUCAAAUUCCUGACUAGCUCUGUUGCAUUUCCUGUCCCCAUAGCUGUGGAUGUGUAUGCACGGCGGCCAAAUAGUGAAGGGGUGACAGUGACUCUACACACAAGCAACAGUGCCCACCGUCCACUGGAGCCAAAUUCACCGCCGCUGGUGGUGUGGGCAAGGGUAACUCAUGGUGGCCAGCCAGUGGUGGGUGCUCGAGUGCUGCUGAGAGUGAGCCGCCUGAGUGAGGGCGGUGCUGCAGACACAACUGUGGAGCUGCUGGAUAAUGGAAAUGCUGAGCCUGAUGUGCGUGCCCAGGAUGGCGUGUACACAAGGUACCUGACGUGGCUGCCAGGGGAGGGUCGGUAUGCCCUCACUGCCCUCGCCACAGACCAUCAAGGUGUCGCCUCUGUACUGAGGCUGAGGAGGAGGGAUGGCCGCUUGGUGCCAAUCAGUGCCGGACAGUUUGUCAAGAGCAGCGGCACUGUGGCCCUUACAGUGGCUCGAGUCACCUCAGCAGACCUUGUGCCACCCUCACGCAUCACUGACCUGGCUGUCACACCACUGCAUGGCACAUUUGUCAACCUCACCUGGUCAGCACCUGGUGGGGAUCUGGACCAGGGAUCAGCCUGGCAGUAUGAGCUCAAGAUGUACACAGAGCACGAUGCCCUGAGUGAGCACCGCUUCAACACAUCAACCAUCGCUGUGUACUGCAUCACCCAGGACCUUCGCACCCCAACUCCCCCACCAGCACCGUAUGGCACCCCACAACACUGCCUCACCGAACUGCCCUUCACAAACCUCAGGUGGUACUUUGCCAUCCGAGCCAUAGAUGCUGCCAACAACACUGGCAGCAUCUCCAAUGUUGUCUCAGCCUUCGUGCCAGACCUGCCCACCACCUCACCCUCAAAUACUCCUGUCAGCCACGAGUUCUCCAACAUCCAGACUGUCAUCAUGUCCACCAUUCCAAGCCCAGAUGACCCUUCGGGAAACACUACGUCCUCCCCCAAUGACCGAGUGACUGCAGCAACACCAGACUGGAGGGUGUGGGUGGCAGUGGGUGUUGUGGUGGGUGGGGUGGUAGUAGCUGUAGUAGUUGUAGCACUGUGUGUGUGCUGCUGCAGGAGGGACCAAGGAAGGGCUGAGAAGGAUCCUGACCGACCCGUGUACAAGAUUUAUGUAAACAAUGCAUAUAUACAGGAAGAGGACGGAGAGAUCAAAGUGGUGAGCAACGGCAAGUUGGUGGAUGACAAGGAGCCCAGUCAGGUACAGGAGUGGGUCAAUUCACUCUCCAAGUUCGGGUCAAGUGAUGUGUACGGCUGUGAACCUGGUGAGCCCAUCACGGCCCCCCCCGAGGCACCCCUGGUGGAGUGCCGCCCCAGAGCGUCAGUCAAGUAUGCUAGUCCAGUGCGAUUUGGAGUGCUGACCAAUGGCUCCAUCAUGCGGGACGGUUGCCAGUCCUCCUCCUCCACCUCCUCCUCCAAGCCCUCAGAGGACACCAGUAAUGAGGACGUCAAGUACCGGGACUUAUCAGAAACCACCAGUAACUCCACCACCGACGGAGGUGCCUCAGCAGCCUCCACUGCCACCACAGACACAGUGCCACUGCCACUGCCACCUCCACCACCUCCACCCCCAUUGCCAUCCUUAGGGGAGAAUGCCAGGGCAGUGCCUGUCACUGUGCAGCCCAGUGAGACUGAGCAGCCACUGCCUCCACCACCACCACCACCACAAGUGAUGCCGCAACCCCUGGGCAUCCCAGGCCCCACAGUCAUUUCCAUCCACUCUGGGCCAUCCCUGAACAGUGGCUACAGCAGUGAUGAGGACGGGGGCUUCAGGCCACGCACAGUGCCAGGUGCGGGGCCCAGGAGGUACCUACCCACCCAUUUCUCUUCCUUCCGCUACCUUCCUCCUCCGCCUGAGUACCGCUCAGCUGUGAGUGGCAGUAUAGGCAUCAGUGGUGCAGUGGACUACCCUACCUGCCACACCAUUUCCCGCGCUGCCACUACACUGCCACACGGGACUGUGCGUAGUGUAAAGAAGCGACGCCACAUAUCUUUUGUGUAGCACAGGAAGAAACAACAUGCCAUCAUGACAUGUUUAGGGAACUUUCUGCAUGUUGCAUUUGACACUUUGUUCCUGGUAGUGGAUAACAAGUGCUUUAAUACAUACUACACAAAGCUUGGCAACAGUGACAUCUGUAGUGAUGAGCUGACUUCAAGUUGUCCAUUGAUACUAUGGCGCUGUGCUGCUAUGGUGGGUGUGCUGCACUCAUGUGUCUCAUGGCUAGAAAACAGUGACACAUUUUAGUGAAUAUUUUCAAGACAGCGAACAUAUUGUAAACAAGGAUCACUUUAAUUUCUUAGAAAGACCGUUGCUUCAUUUUCUUCAAUGUGAGUUUGUAUGUUAUUUUUCAUUUUGUAAAUAUGUACAUAUGUAUUUGAAAUGCCAAAUGACCGUUGAUUUUUUGUGAUAUAAUUUGUAGGCAGUGUCUGUCCCAGGGAGCUUUUCUGUAUAUAUAUGGAAACAAUAUAGCAAUAUUUCUUGGGCAACCAUGGACCUUCAUAGUGGAUGUAUUUGGAGGUCACUGAUGAUUUAUUUUUGUUCUUGUAGGACGUGUCAAAAUAUAAAACAGGAAAUGUUUUCCAAGACAGGGAUGCAGAAAUGGUGUGAAGCAAAAAGGCUUAUAGUAUUAUUGUUCCAUAAAAGAACGUGUCACUACAUAAUGGGUCACAAUAUAAGAAAAUAGAUGCAUGAAAACUGUAAAUAAGAUAGAAAUGAGAAAGUGUUGUUAUUUUGAUCUCAGAGGGAAUAGGUAUGUAUAAGAAGGAGACAGUGGUGCAUCUUGAGUGACAGGAAGAGGAAUGCCUGUGGGAAGCGAAGGGAGCAAGGCAGUAUCCAGGACACUUCAACAGAUACAUGUGUAAAUUCUGGCAAGGAACUAUCUCAUAAACUUAAAGUGAAUGUAUAAGGCAUUUUUUUUUUUUUUGGGGGGGGCAUGUGCUUGUUACAGACUUCUUUUGAUGUUUAAGGAUGUUCUUGCACCGUUGUGAAUCAUGAUUAAUUAGGGCAGUAAAGCAACAGAAGAUUUAUCAGUAAUAACUAUACAAAAUAUUAACUAUAAACAAAUUAUAGUAAAAUAGGAAAUACCAAGAACUUGUGAAAUAUUAGUGAGAAAAUCCCAAACUAAAGACUUUAAUAUGGAUUGGGUUGACCCUUGCCCCACAGGCAUUGCAUACGAUAGGAAGGACUGAAAAGGAUCCACAGAGGGAGUGGUGGCGUUGUACUCUGUAUCAUGGACUCUGGUCAAGCAAUUUUGCCACCUGAGAAGACGUGAACAGGAUUACAUGGUCAUUGGGCAGUGAUCUCACCUGUUGACUGGCCUUCAUAUUUGAGGUAUUUUUAAACAUGUGGGAAACUCACAUUAUAUUCCUACCAAAACCUAUCUUUAUUAAAAAUUAUACAGAUACAUAACUUGUUAACUUAAAAAUAGGUAAGGAAUUUUAGUAAGAAUAAAGUCACCUUACCAUACAAUUAAAAAGGAAAUGGAAAUGAAAUACAUGGGACAGUCAGCAGGCAGAAUAUCUCUCAGUGCUAGUGCUGCUUGCCUCAGGUGACAGAAUCACUGGGCCAGUCCUGACAGGCAUAGGUAUGCAUGGGCACGUGUGAGCCCGUAUCAUGACCAAAGAUUCACCUGCCUCCUCAUUUUAGUUUUAAAGUGGAGUCAUGCAUUCAUGUCUCCGGUAUCAUAAAUUGGUUGUGUACAUAGUUCUUUGUAUUAUUUUGUACAUAUUCUGUAACAUGUGCUUCCUGAAAAGAAUGUACCGACAA